CAGGCGUGGUGUGGAAUCUCUGACAUCAGUCGUGCGUGCAGUAAGGCUGCUGUCGUCUUAUCUGUUUCUCACACAGCGCGUCCAAAGCUGGUGAUCGAGCGUUCAUCAGGGCUGGAAUCUGCAUUCUACUCGUUUCUUCAUGUAUAUUGUUACCGGCACAAAUCUUAUACCCAUUACUGUGCAAUAACCCUGCAUCACCUCAUACUCACUCUAACUGUACUGUACUGCUUUGUACUGUGCCAACACAAACUGUUCUGUACCUGUAUUCUCGCUCAUCUGUACUGCUGUUGUGAGAAGUAAUUUCCCCACUGCGGGACUAUUAAAGGUUUUCUUAUUAUUCUCUUCUUUCACACAUCAGCCAUGUUUUGUUUUACUAAUAAUGACAUAAUGCGAAUAAUGAGAAAUUUACUUGUUUUAAAUUCUGACUUGUUUGGAAGUAUAUGGAGCUCUGAUAUUUCUUACAGUGUAUUCUAAGCCAAGCAGCAAAAGACAAUUAGUGUCCAUAUUUGGGAAGAAGAGAAACUGGUCUUUGCUGCAGCUAAAUCAACCUUGUUAGUGCCAAGACAAAAGCUUUCUUGGAUUCAUACAAAGAAGCAUUUGUUGGAUAAUGAGACAUGAAAGGGCUCGCUGGUUCUGUAACUCACGUGUCCAAGAACAAUUUUGUGCAUGUUCCGUUCUGCUGGGGUUCAAUGGGCUUCAUUGAUUUUUUUGUUCCAAUUACUAGGUUUUUAAUACAUUUCCUUUUGCCCAGUCAUACCCUAAUUUACUCUAUUGAUUUCUGACAUGUAAAUCGAUAUCUAGUGAAAACGGCACCUUUCUCCAUCAGCUGAAUGUGAGAACAAGUGAGGCUGCAUGUUCGGAGCAGAGGGCGAAUCUAUGGUAAGCAGUAACAAGCCAACAGAAUGUUGGGCGAGUCCACAGUAUGAUGUUUUUUAUGAUGAACACGUUAAAAGACUUUUGCAAAUGGCUUUGAGGAGGAAGAGCAGUGAGUUGCUUAGCUAUGCAAAACCUUUUCUCUGCAGAAGCAUUGUAUUUGCCUGAGGGGGUAUUUAUAAUGCAGUGCUUAUCGUAUAUGCUCGGCCACAGAGAGCCUGCAGAAAGGAUUGUUCCUGGUAUGCAUAUGAUGUGCCCAGUUGCCUGUCAAGAUAACUGAUGUUGCAGAAAAUUAUAAAAGUUGAAGAGUUGCCCUACAUUUUUCUAUGCUGUAUUCUGUAUAAACAAGCCAGUCUAAUUCAAAUAAUAUAUCACUCAUUUGCCAUAGCUCCAGUAGAUACUGUAGAAGACUUGUUUUUAGUCUGUAUGCAGCACCUAUGUGUUUUUUGUUGCGAGGGACUUCCUGCAGCCCUCAGCCAGGCAGCAGUCAGCCUGCUGUCCUAGCUGUAGCUCUCCUGUUAUGUAAUAAGUGAGUGUAGGCUGAGUGGGUUUAGUCAGUAACCAGAUUAUAGUAGUGCACAGAUAAAGACAGCUGAUGGACAGUCGUCUUACCACACCUUUGUUUUUCUUCCUCUGCUGGUAGUCAGGUGUUUACUGUGAUUAAUUGUCCCCGGCAGACCCAACCCUGUGUCUGAAGCAUUUCAAAAACAAUUCUUUCCAACGCAGAGUAAUGAAUUAGAAUAGGAGCAGUUGUUCUCUACAGGUUUUACGCCUGAACCUGCGGUGAAAGACAAUAAGCAACGCCUAUUGUAGACAUUUAAAGCACUUGCAUGAGGCAACUCUGCCAACAGAUCAUCUCUCCAAAUUACCCCUGUUAUGAUGAUGCAAAUGAUCAAAAGGGUUAUUUUUCAGUUUUAAAAUGGGCAUGAAUGAAAGCCCUGAGCUAUAAUACUGCUAAAAGCUGUAACAGCAAUGUUGUGACAGGUUUUACAGAAGUGUUUUGACUCAAUGGUUACAUGACUGGUGGUGAUUUAGCAGUCUCAGCUACAUAAAGAUUUAUAAAAAAGAGUUCUGCUCAAGUGAACUGAACAAGGAACCUACUAAUCUUCCAGCUGGUCAGCUACAUUAAUAAGCACAUCAUUUGUAGAUAUCAGAUUUAUGUGUUUUCUACAGUACAUAAAUAUUUAAUGGAAGUAUUGAGCAGACGUUCGAUGUUCAUUGAAGUGAUCGGUGAAGUAGAAACCAACAAGCAUGUUUUACUUGCACGUGUGUAGCAGUAUGGGACAGGGUUCAGGCUUUUAUUUAGUACAAUGAUUAAGCCUUUUUUGAGCAGCGCUUAAAUGGGUUUAUGGAAAGUAACUCUUUGGGUGCACACAGCUCAGACCUUUAGAGAAUAGGUUAUAUUAUAUUAUAUAGAAUAAUAGAAAUAGUUUAGUCAGGUUAAUUUUGCUGCUGUUACCUACUUCAUCGAUUACUUAUCUUAAAUUGAUGCGUGUAGUGUUUACUGGUUGUUUUAAUUUAUGAAAUUGACAAUAACUUUAUGUCUUUUUUUUUUUUGCUUUUUGCAGUUACUCAAUGGCUGACAUACAAUACGGCUUUUGGCUGAUUUGUUGGUUGCACUGGGCUGUUAGUUCUAUAUGUAGGUUCCAUAAGCCAAUGGGUUUGGUUCUCUAUCCCACUAUCACAGGACCACAGAUAGGGCGCCGGGCCACACUUGUCUUCCUUUGUUUGCUUACUUUAUGUCCUUUAUCUCAUUACUCAUGUGGUUUGACAGGAUGAGAGGGUGUGUUGCAUUUGCACACACCAGACAAAGGUUCAUGCAAUGAAUCUAAAUUAGAGGUGAAACAUUUAUGCAUUGUUUCGUGUCCUGACCAUUUCUGCCUACAGAACCCAGUUGUCCUCAAUUUGCUAAAGUCUCACCACACACUGCCCUCAUAAUAAACUCUUACGUGGUCAUUGUUAAGUAUCUAUUCAGAGUCGAGCGUAUUUCACUUGUUCUUUGACCCAGCUUCUCUUCCUUCUAAUUGUGAAGCAGCGCUCAGGUUUCAUGUGAUAAAUGGAUCCUCAGUAAGCUAAAUAGCUGUGAGUUUUCCAUUGAAGACAGGUUAAUAAUUGUGACCCCAUUCUCCUCCUUCACAGCGACAAUUACAGGCAUGUGGAGAAGCAGGUUUUUGUAAAAGUCUACAAACAAAGUCUAAAUAAACAUUAGCUUCGACAACACUGAUCUGCAACCUACUUUCAUUUUCACAACAAUAAAUAGUUUGACUUCAAAUCUGCCAUUUUGCCUCACAGUAAUUUGAUUAGUUUGUAAUAUCAAAUAAUUGAGCUUUGUAAGAAUAUACAUUUGUGUAGUUCCCAUACUGUAAUUUAGGUCAUACAAUACUGAGUGACCUUGCAUGAGUAGCUAACUCAUGCAGUGAAGCAUGACAAAGCAUUUGGAGCGAGAGCACCUUUUGCACGUAGCAAGCUACAGGCAUGGUCUUUAUUAGGUUACUCAGCUGUUUGUCUCUACUGCCUGUCUUUGUUGUCCCAACCUUUUAUAAGAAAUGUACACAGAUAUUCAUUAAUAUAUGUAUUUAGAUCAAAGUUAUUGAAAAGGCAGUAUUACAAUAGUAAUGGCACAGAUCUGAGUUGUUUUGUGCUUAUCCUGAAUAGAUUAGAAUAACUUUGCCAUCGACGUUGUACGACGAAAUUAAAGUGCUGUUGAGGGUGAUUAAUAAAUAAAAUGGUCAUGAAAUGAAUGAAGAACUGCUAGAUAAGAAACUAUAAAACACACACACACACACACACACACACAAACACCUGAUAGUAAGGAUGAAGUCUGCAUUCAGGUAUGCUUUUUACAGAUCAUUCCUAAGAUGUGUUGUUGCAGUGUUAGCGUUUGGUAGCUUUUUCCAUUUCUCAUCCAUCGAUAACCAACAUCCUCCUCCUGCUGCUUUUAAUACAGAGAUGUGCAUCCGAAAGACAGGGGAGUUUAAGCUUCUCUACUUCAGCUGCUUCAGAGGUCAGGGACUGUACAGAACUGGAACUCUCCGUGUCACCGCAAUAGCAUGGGUGCAUAAAUUCAAUAAGAAGUUUCUGAAAACAUUUCCUUCAUAAAUUAUCUAAGGGCUUGCAAAACAAAUGUGUUUCCUCAGUCCCAGGAGUAAAUUGACCCUCUCAGCCCACCAAGAGCUGACGCUGUGGGCUGCGGUGACCUCGCUGUCUUCCUCAAUGAUCCAGGCCAUUCUCCCAGCCCUCAGCUCAGCACCCACGUGUUCUCAGCAGCUCCCGUUACGUAAGCCCUCCUGCCAGACAAAAGCUCAGCCAUCACAGACACAAAUCACCGACUGCCCCAUGUUGGCACCAGCGCUGGUAAUGUUGGCCAGUAAUUCACACAGGGGCUUUCUUGUGCAGAAUUUCUCUGCUGGUUGCCAAGUUGAAUGUUUUGACCAUUCAAUUAAAAUUAAAAUUAUUUGGAGUGUAUGAUUUUCAGUAUUUUCUUUUUAAACAAGAAAUUGCUUAAAAUCUAAAUUUAGUGUCCUAAAUAAGAGGAUUUAGUUUUGUAUGCGGGACUCACUGUAAACUCAUUUUUCUUGAACAGUUGAACAAAAUGAGACACUGCAAAUGCAAAAUAAUUAGUAAUUGCAGGUUUAAUUAGAUUGUAUGUUCAUAAUGUAGCGGGUAACUAUGACUAAAUGCAUGCAUCAUGUAGGCAAGUCUUGUUGUAUUUGUUUCUCUAUUUAAAGACCACGCGUGUAAAGUAAAAUGUAAAUACUGGUGUUUUUGAUGGAGCGAUAUGUUCCGUUCCAUCAGAUUCAUCAGAGUGGGCUCUCAGGAAUGGCUGAUGUUACAGGCCAACAGUGACAACAGCCAGCCUUUUGUUGCUCUGGGUUGGUACAUUCUGUCCACAGCCCUUCACUUUUAUCGCUCCUUCCACCCUUUUCUUUGACUGUCAGUGCCAAACAACAGUUUCUCAAUCAAUCCGUUCUCUUAUAUUUAUUGGAGGCUGUGCAUUAUGAACCCAACAAGUGACUCAGUUUGUUAAGGUGUGACUGUCAGCUUGGCUCAAGGCAGAGAGUUGCUCCCUUUCACCCCUUCCCUCGUUGUCCUUUCUGGAAGGGCAGGUUUUUUUUUUUGUUUUUUUUGUUUUUUUUCCCUGGAUGCAUCACGACAACUUGUGAAUUCAUGAUCACAUGACUGUGGAUAUGGACGCAGUCCUGUCCGACUUUGUCCGUUCGACUGGAGCUGAACCAGGAUUGGCCAGAGAUCUGCUGGAGGGCAAGAACUGGGAUUUCACUGCUGCACUCAGUGACUUUGAGCAGCUCCGACAGGUGCAUGCUGGGAACCUGACAUAUUCGUUCACAGAGGAGAGGACAUAUCUACCGCCUGAAAAGGAGAUGGCUAGGGUAGGACGGCCUGUACUCCACCGCCAGGAUGAGGUGGUGCAAGCAGCCACAGAGAAGCGGCUGUCAAGAGGCAUUUCCCACGCCAGUUCAACCAUCGUGUCUCUGGCCCGCUCUCAUGUCUCGAGCACCGGUGGUAGCAGCAGUGAGCCCCUGGACACACCCUUGUGCACUUUCCAACUACCAGAUCUCACUGUGUACCGGGAUGACUUCCGUGGCUUCAUUGAGAGGGAUCUUAUAGAGCAGUCCAUGAUGGUGGCUUUGGAGCAUGCUGGACGACUAAACUGGUGGACGAAAGUUGUCCCAAACUGCCAGAGCCUGCUUCCUCUGGCAACGAGUGGAGAUGGGAAUUGUCUGUUACACGCAGCCUCUCUUGGAAUGUGGGGCUUUCAUGACCGGGACUUAAUGCUACGGAAGUCCCUGUACGCUCUGAUGGAUCACGGUUUGGAGAGGGAGGCACUGAAGCGCAGGUGGAGGUGGCAGCAGACCCAGCAGAACAAAGAGUCGGGCCUGGUAUACACGGAGGAGGAGUGGCAGAAAGAGUGGAAUGAGCUGUUAAAGCUGGCCUCCAGUGAGCCGAGGAUACACUACAGCACCAACGGUACCAACGGGGCGGAGUCCUCAGAUGAACCAGUUUACGAGAGUUUAGAGGAGUUUCACGUCUUCGUCCUGGCCCAUGUCCUCAGGAGGCCUAUAGUGGUGGUAGCUGACACUAUGCUGAGGGACUCUGGAGGAGAGGCCUUUGCUCCUAUCCCGUUUGGAGGCAUUUACCUACCACUGGAGGUGCCAGCUGCCAAGUGCCAUCGCUCACCGCUGGUCCUGGCGUACGACCAGGCGCACUUUUCGGCUCUGGUCUCUAUGGAGCAAAAGGACAGCUCCAAAGAUCAGGCAGUUGUGAUCCCCCUUACUGACUCGGAGCACAAAAUGCUGCCUCUGCAUUUUGCGGUGGAUCCUGGGAAAGAUUGGGAGUGGGGCAAGCAUGACACAGACAACGUGAUGCUGGCAAGCGUGGCUCUUUCUUUGGAGGCCAAGCUUCAGAUGUUACACAGCUACAUGACCGUCGCCUGGCUGCCGCUGCCCUGUGAGCAGGCCCCUCUGGCCCAGCCAGAGUCUCCUACAGCUUCAGCAGGAGAGGAUGCCCGCACACCUCCCGAUUCAGGAGAGUCAGACAAAGAGUCGGUCAGCAGCAGCUCCAAUGGCAAUGGCGACACAACCACAGGAACAACGGUGAAUGGAGGCACAUCCUUGGCUAAGAACAACUCCUCUUCCUCAUCUAGUUCCUCUAGCAGUGGAUCCACAGGGACAGGAACAGUCGGGAAGGACAAAAGCAAAAAGGAGAAGGACAAAGAUAAAGACAAGAAGAGGGCAGACUCUGUGGCCAAUAAGCUCGGCAGUUUUGGCAAGAGCCUGGGCAGCAAGCUGAAGAAAAACGUGGGUGGACUGAUGACAGGAAAGAACACUGGAGCUGGAAGUGCCAAGCCGGAGGGUGGAGAGAAGAAGAAGGGAUCGUUUAGGGGGAGGAAAGGCAGCAAGGAUAGCUCGCCCUCGGCCCAGGCCUCGGAGGACUCUGGGAAAGGCUCUCCCUCCUCAGGUAGCGAGCGUCUCAACGGAACCGGAAGCAGCAUGAGCAGCAGUGGCGGGAGCAGUACCGAGAGCGAGACCUACAAGUACAGCGCGGACGUCAAGGUCAGCCUCGGCAUCCUGCGAGCCGCCAUGCAGGGUGAGAGGAAGUUCAUCUUCGCCAGCCUCCUCACCACCAGCAACCGGCAGCCGUUCCAGGAGGAGAUGAUCCAGCACUACCUGGCUGAUGCAGAGGAGCGUUUCAGGACUGAGCAGGAUCAGCAGCGUCGCGACGCAGAACGGAAGAGUGUCACUAAUGGCGUUCAUCCGUCAAAGAAGGAGGUGAUUGUGGGUGCAGAUCUGAGUUAUCGGCCUUAUGAGCCCAAAGAGGAGCUGAGUGAAAACUCCUCACCUUCUUACAACCAACUUAAGCCCUCUCCUCUGAGCCCCUCUCUGUACUCCGGUGUUGUGCCCAUCCCUCGGCCCUCCAUCAUAGACCAGCCUCCCCCUUCAGUACCCAUCACUCAGCACCUCCAUAUGCACGGCUACAUGGAUGGCCGGCGCCAGCUAGCCGGUGGCUCCCCAGCAACGACCUACCCAGGCAUCCCAUCAUACGCUACCCUCCCCCGCCACUGCCCCACCACACAGGUUCCCUCCCACGCCCAGUACAAUAACUCACAAGGCCCCUCCUCCCUGAGCCCCUCUCACCUCGUGCCCUCAUACCCUCCUGAGUUCGACCCCCCAGACUAUCCUGGGUCUGAGCCCAUUGGUGUGAGCUACACCAACGGCUUCCGAGACAUGCGCUGCAACAUAGAAUCUCGGGUUGGGCAACCCCCGAUCAGGCACUACUCACUGGGCAGUGCGGGCGGUUUGGCCAGCCUGCAGUCCAGCCGCUGUCGGACACCCAGCUGCACCUACUACGGACACCCUGAGACAGGCAACUACUGCUCCUACUGCUACCGAGAAGAGUUAAAGAAGAGGGAGGCGGAGUCGGCCAUCCAUAGGUUUUGAAUUGGACCUUAAAUAUGGCUUAAAUUGCUGAGUGGCCUUUUCAUUAAAAAGAAAAAAGGGGCUGAUUGAGCCUUUUCAGUGAACAAGACAAAGGCAACCAGGUUUCUCGCUCUUUUUUUUAAGCUGUCACCUUCUGUUGAACAAUAUCAGAAAGUGAUGGACCUUAGUUCAUCAUAAGCAGGGUGGUUUCUGAGGGCUGGGGUCACAUGAUAGAGCAUCAACUAUCUGCACUUCUGUUACAUUUUGCUGUGGCUCUAAUUGAAGCGUUGUGAGUGUGUGAGUUGCAGGCUCUUCUCUCAUCCAAGUUCAGCGCCUUGCAGUUGUCUCCUCCUGGUGGAGAGAAUGUAUUUGGCAGGCACCAUACCUAAACGGCAUCAGCGUACAGUACAUUAACAAAACACUAAGUCACGUUCACGCUACAUGCAGUAUUGCAAGCACAAACUGAAAAGGAACUGGUGUCUGUGGUCUCUGAUGAUGUUCAGAUUCAAGGGAUGUUGUAUCCUUUUAGAGUGAUUUCAGUGUUAUACAGAUUUUCCACUACCGCUUGCAUCUUAUGUACCUCGGAAACGGCAAAUGAAUCCUCGUCCAACGGCUUCUUUUCAUCAGUCUCCAUUUGCAUAAUGCAAAUUGAAACGACAGUGCAAUGCUAAUGAUUAAGCGCUCUGUGGGCUGCUGUGGUGCUAAUGUUCCUGAAUGCAAACACACACGUCCAUGCAUUUAACACAUAACUGCUUCGCACUGUUAUCAGCAUCCUUCAGUAAAAACAAAUGUGUAUAUCAAAAAACUGGAUGAGAGGAUGUUAACUUUUUCACCAUUAAAUGCAACUGGUCCCAUUAGUAUGAAACAGGUAUUAUAGAACAAAGGCAACAUAGAAAUGUAGAAAGACGCUGCCGCCAGAACCGGAUCCAGAAUAUUUCAUGUGUGUUGGAGCGUUCCCCUCUUAGUUAUGUCUUCCUCCUCUUUUAACAGGUGUUGAGACAUUUCAUUGUGGGCAAACUACGCACUUCAUUCACUACGUUACAUCCAGCACGACAGAUUUGCGAGAGGACUCCAUUAAAUCAAUGUCUUCAUCUUUAAUUUUGAACUGGGUUUUUAUGUCCAAUUUUUCUGCGUGAGGCAAAGUGAGGCUCACUUAUCAGAACACUACACUGUCUCUGUACUGACAGAGUCUGAAAUCAAGCUGUGUGAGUAAAUGCGUUUAGUGCUGCCUCAUAAUCCCCAAAAAGGUCAACUUCAAGGUUAUAUAUGGAGACUUUUCUGACGAGUAGGACACCUGGAUGCUAAGUGGUUGGUUUGGUCUUUUUCUCCUUAUUUCACAGUUCUGCUGAACGUUUCUUUUAAUUCUGGCAUUUGUUCUGCCAAAACUAGUUGCGUAAUAUGUUUUGCACAAAUUCAAGCACUUUCCUAAUGUCUGUUUUUUUUAUGUUUUCAUGUUUUUGAAGUGGCCUGACUCCUUUUUGUUCUUGUCUGCAGACACUGCCACCUCUGUUCACAGGAAAUCAGGGGCACAGGCCUAAAGGUUUUCUCUAAAGGACUCAGUUACUGUAGAGCUACAGCAUUUUGGUGCCAGUGUCACCAUCUUCCUAGUUGCCUUUUUUAGUGUUGUGCAUCUUGUUUUGUAUGUUGUGCAAGAUAAAAAUCUAGAUUCCACUGCUUGCUUCAUUGCUAGCAGUUUUUAUUACUACUGCCCCCGAAAUUUAGCAUCCGGUUCUUUUUUUUUGUUUUGUUUUAUUUUGUUUUAUUGAACAAACUGCAUUAUUGAGUUAGACCAACAGUCUUAACUAGUUGAUACUGCCUGAGCUUAUACCACACACUUGUACAAAAGGCAAAGUGACUACUUAAAAACUAUUUACUAUUAUAUCCCCCUUUUUAAUAAGCAAUAGUGAAAAUUUUAUUUUGGGGUAGUGACACUAGUUGCUCUACUCUUGAAGCCGUUGAGCAUCAUGUCUACUAGAAAAGCACAAUUUAGUAUGCAGUUCACUGCCUUGCCCAGUUGAGGGCGUCGUUGUCUUGUUUUUCUUUUGAUUUAGGAUUUGAAGCCUGCUAAUAAGCAAAAUGUUCUGAAAUUAUUUUCCAUAUUGCUACAGUGUAACACUAAAUUUUAAUAUUUUCAAAAAGUUGCAGAUGCUGUUGGAGGAAGGAGGGUUUUGUUCUUGUGGUGCAUUUAAGGUGACACUAAAGUUCUAAUAACAAUAAAACACUUAAGCCACGCUGUUUUCCAAAAAAGACAUUUAUGUUUGCUGUGUUUCUGUGUGUUGAUAUUUGUCCAUGCACUGGCAUUUUAAUUCAGACAGCACCCAUCUAAUAUUUCCUCGCUGCGGGAAGGUGAUGCCUGUUAAAAAUGUGUACGCGUGGUUAAUGUCCUUCCUUCCCUCCAAAGUAAUAAUUUACUUCUUAACCGUUUUUUAGUUGUCUUUAUUUGUUUGCAAUGAAACGGAUGCCUCAGAAACAUGUUGGAAAUCAGACUUUACAGGCUGACCUUUUUUGUAUUUAAAAGAAAAUAACAUUUGAGAGGUUGUAUAAAUAUGUUCCAAGUUAUUUUUGUAAGCCCAAAGUUUUUCAGUGUUUUUAAAGGGUAAGAAUGUAUAUUGUUGGAUAUUGAAACCGGUGUGGAUGACGAGCUUUUAGGAGCCUGAAUAUGGGAAGAAUUAGUGCUUCUCUGAAAGUGAUAUUUUAGCUGUCCAGGGCGACUUCCACGUGGUCUCACUGGAGGCUUUCUCACUCAAACGGCUUUCCUCAAUGCUGACCUAACAAAUACCAUUUGAAAAUAUAUAUUUAUAGUCAGAUUUUUUUAAUAGGUUUCCUUGUGGAACGUUUAGUUCAGGUGUCUUAGGAUGUUCUUUCUCAUGACUAAUUGUCCAUCAGUCUGUUUUUGUUGAUUGCUUAUUUUGAUUUGUACAUUUUGUUUACUUGUUUUGUUUUUUUUCUACAGCCACCAAUUCGUGCUAUGCUAAAACAUGACGUUAAUGUUUAUGUUGACUCAGCUCAUUUCCUCCAAACUAGUAGAGAAAUGGCUCAGAAGUAGUUUUGCAGCACAACUGGCCUGUUCUAUUUUUAUACAUUGUACAACACUGUCAUUUCUGCGAACAGAACAUCACCUUAACAUGGAAUAUUUACGUUGCAUGGGAGUGGACCUGUUGCAUGUACAUGGCAAUCCGUUUUUACCAGAUUUGUGCAUUAUUUGACUUGACUUCAGUUGUCCUAGUGUUUUGAUCUGCUUUUAUUUGAACUUGUUUUAAUGUUUUAAGUUUGUUUUGAGAGGAGAGCCCUAUGGCUGUGUGACAGUGCAAUCUGGAUAGAAAGAACAUCAAAUUUUAUGUUAGAUUAUCAUCAUCAUUAUUGUUAUUAUUAUUAUUAUUAUUAAUAUUAUUAUUAUUAUUACUUUUUUUGCACCGUUUGAAUAAAUUCUCAUUGUAUUUCAACAA